AUGCCGUCAAUCUUGGUUAAAUUGGUGGCCGCUGAGUCUCUGUACAAGCGGGACGUGUUUCGGUCGCCGGAUCCUUUUGCUGUGUUGAUGGUGGAUGGAUAUCAGACGAAAUCGACCUCGGCAGCCAAGAAAACACUUAAUCCGUAUUGGAAUGAAACUUUCAAGUUUAAUGAUGUGAAUGAGAACUCUAUUCUGAGCAUACAGGUUUUUGACCAGAAAAAAUUUAAGAAGAAGGAUCAAGGUUUUUUAGGAGUUAUCAAUGUGAGAGUCGGUGAUGUCCUGGGGCAUUUGGAUGAGGACUCUACUGGUAGUGCCAGAUCCGCUGAGGAGACUAUCACACGAGAAUUAAAGAGAUCCAAUGACGGUAUGGCCGUUAGUGGUAGAUUGAUUGUCGUUUUGUCAAAGCAACCUUCGGCUGCUGAGAACUCCAAUCGUCACUCCAGUGGGCUACAAACUGAAGCAGCAAAUGGUGGCGGGUCGGCCCGUUCUCAGUCGGGUGCUCAUACCCCUAGACCCACUGCGGGAUUCGUGGAGCACACUUUGCAAAGUGGUGCUACUACGUCUAAUGCUACUUCAUCCUCAAAUAACUCAACGAGACAGUAUUCUUCUUUUGAAGACCAAUACGGACGUUUGCCGCCCGGUUGGGAGAGAAGAACGGACAAUUUCGGGCGUACUUACUAUGUCGAUCAUAAUACAAGAACCACUACGUGGAAAAGGCCCACUUUGGAUCAAAGCGAAACUGAACGUGGGAACCAGCUUAAUGCAAAUACCGAGUUACAAAGAAGGCAACAUAGGGGUAGAACUCUACCCACGGGAUCCUCUGAGAACUCUUCCGUGACCGUGCAGACCGGCUCUGGUUCUCAGACUCCAGCGAUUAACGGUACCGCUGCCGCGGCUUUCGCGGCAACUGGUGCUACCACUUCUGGUCUAGGUGAAUUGCCCUCCGGUUGGGAACAAAGAUUCACCCCAGAGGGAAGAGCUUAUUUCGUCGAUCACAACACUAGAACAACUACCUGGGUCGAUCCUAGAAGGCAACAAUAUAUUCGUACCUACGGCCCAGCAAGUACUACGAUACAACAACAACCGGUAUCGCAAUUGGGCCCUCUACCUUCUGGUUGGGAAAUGAGAUUGACAAACACGGCUCGUGUUUAUUUUGUCGAUCAUAAUACAAAGACUACUACUUGGGACGAUCCAAGAUUACCUUCGUCAUUGGAUCAAAAUGUCCCUCAAUACAAGCGUGACUUUAGGCGUAAGGUCAUCUACUUCAGAUCACAACCAGCAUUGAGAAUUCUACCGGGUCAAUGUCAUAUCAAGGUGCGCAGAAAGAACAUUUUUGAAGACGCUUACCAAGAAAUAAUGAGACAAACUCCAGAAGAUUUGAAGAAAAGAUUAAUGAUCAAGUUCGAUGGUGAAGAAGGUCUGGAUUACGGUGGUGUGUCGAGAGAAUUCUUCUUCUUGUUAUCACAUGAAAUGUUCAAUCCUUUCUACUGUCUAUUUGAAUAUUCCGCGCAUGAUAACUAUACGAUACAAAUAAAUCCAAACAGUGGUAUCAACCCUGAACAUUUGAAUUAUUUCAAAUUCAUUGGUAGAGUGGUAGGAUUAGGUGUGUUCCACAGAAGAUUCCUGGAUGCAUUUUUCGUUGGUGCUCUUUACAAGAUGAUGCUUCGUAAGAAAGUGGUAUUGCAGGAUAUGGAAGGUGUUGAUGCCGAGGUUCAUAACUCGUUGAAAUGGAUGCUUGAAAAUAGUAUAGAUGGUAUAUUGGAUCUGACAUUCAGUGCUGAUGAUGAAAGAUUCGGAGAAUUGCUCACGGUGGAUUUAAAACCAAAAGGAAGAACCAUCGAAGUUACUGACGAGAACAAGAAGGAAUAUGUCGAACUAUUUGCACAAUGGAAGAUAGUAGAUAGAGUGCAGGAACAGUUCAGAGCGUUCAUGGACGGUUUCAAUGAGUUGAUCCCAGAAGAUCUAGUCACAGUGUUCGAUGAACGUGAACUGGAGCUGCUGAUUGGUGGUAUCGCAGAAAUCGACGUUGAGGACUGGAAGAAACACACUGAUUAUCGUGGUUAUCAGGAAUCAGAUGAAGUUGUUAAAUGGUUCUGGAAAUGUAUCACUGAAUGGGAUAAUGAACAAAGAGCACGUCUGCUUCAAUUUACCACUGGUACUUCACGUAUUCCUGUUAAUGGAUUCAAGGACUUACAAGGUUCAGAUGGUCCAAGAAGGUUUACCAUCGAGAAAGCGGGCGAACAAGGACAGUUACCCAAAUCGCACACUUGUUUUAACAGAGUGGAUCUACCACCAUAUGAUGAUUAUGACAGUCUGAAACAGAAAUUGACAUUAGCCGUGGAGGAGACGAUAGGAUUUGGUCAAGAAUGA